UGUGUCAAAUGCACGGUAAAUGUCAAAUUACAAAUAGUUAAUUGGGAGAAAUGGCUCUGUUUAGGGAAUGUACGAAAAAAAAUUUGUUACCGGGUGUUCUAAUUUGUCGAUAUUUUUGUGACAAAGCAAGAGUUAGAAAAACACUGUCUAAAGACUAUUCACAGCAGGGAAGAACACUGAGUUUGGAUCAAAAUGUUGCGAUAAUAACCGGAGGAGCGGAAGGAAUAGGAUUAGCUAUAGCUAAAGUUUUCUUAAAGUGUGGAUUAUCUGGACUUGCUAUUGCAGAUUGCAGCAAGGAAAAGGGGGAGGAAUCCAUAAAACAACUAGCUUGCGAAUUUGGCGAAAACAAGGUUCUUUUCUUCGAUGGAGACAUGUCACAAUCGAAAGCUUUUGAUCGAGUGUUUAAAGAAACACUGAAACAUUUUGAAAAUGUUAAUAUCGUUGUCAACAAUGCUGGUGUAAUGAACGAUGUCAAUUGGGAGUGCCAAGUCAAUACAAAUAUGUCUAGUACCAUAAUUGGUACUUUACUUGGGAUGCAGUACAUGUCGAAGACUUCUCUUGGUCAAGGUGGGACUAUUAUUAACGUGGCAUCCAUCAUGGGUCUCAUUCCGUCUUCUGGGUACCCCAUUCAUACAUUGACACAAUUUGGAAUUGUUGGAUUUUCGCGAGCUAUUGGAAAUCUCAAUCACUAUGAUCGUACUGGUGUUAGAGUUACUGCUCUUUGUCCUGGUUUGACAAACACAAAAUUGUUGAAACAAGCUCCUUAUCAUGCCAUUAAUGAUAAAUUUCGAAAGGAAUUCAAGGAGGAAUCUGGUGGAUGUGUUUUUCAAAAGCCGGAGAGUGUGGCGUUGGCAGCUUUGGACGUUCUGCAAGAUGCCCUUCCGGGAUCGGUUUGGGUGGUGGAGAAUAAUAGUAAACCGUAUGAAAUUAGAUUUCCGGAAGUUGCUGAUUUGAGAUUUAAAAAUAAAUGCUAAAUUGAUGUUUAA